AUGGAACGACCGUCACACAUUCCCGCGGAUCGCGAUCGUGACCGUGAUUGCGAAGAGCUUUCCGCGGAAUGCGCUUCCGUCACGGCCCUCCUGGACGACGGCACGCUCUCCCUCGUCCUCUCCUUCCUCCCCUCGCGCUUCGCCAUCUCCUCGGCCGCCUUAGUCUGCCGCCGCUGGUGCCGCGUCGCGCUGCGCGUGUGUGUGCGAUCGCUCCGACCGUCGCCCUUCCUGCUUGAGAGCUUAGCUCCGGGAUCGGAGAGCAUCCUAGCCCUGCCACGUCAGCUCAAGUGCCUGGAUAUCCGCUCGGACCACUUUCUCUGCCCUGCCGCGUGCGUGGACCUGCGGGGGUUCUGGUUAAGCCCGUGUGAAGAUCCGGAGAUCACAUACCCGAGUCAUGAUCGCGUGUGGGGCCACGCGGACGGCAUUCAGCUUGCCGGCUCCUCCACCAUCCCACCUCCGCCGCCUCCGCCCCCUCCGCGUGCCCCUGCGCCCCCUCCUCCUCCCUCUCGCGCCGUUCCUCCCCCACCUCCUUCCGUUCCUCCUUCUACUGCUACCGUCCCUCCUCGCUCUACCUCUUCCCUCCCGCCUCCCCCCCCUCCGCCUCCCCCACCUCCUUCCCCAUCUUAUCCCCCCCCUCCUCCCCGUCCGUGCGUCCUGCACCCCCCACCGCCUCCCCGUCCGCGCCCCCCGCUCCCCCCACCGCCUCCGCCCCCACCGCCUCCGCCCCUCCCGCCUCCCCCCAUUCGAAACCGUCCGCCGCAGCGCUCCUUCCUUACCGACCUCCACGUCAACACCAUCGCCGCCUCACUCCCUAAUCUCCGCGCCUUGAACCUCGACACGCCAGCGGACAUCACGGCUGCGUGCGUCGAGCACGUGGCCAGCACACUCCCGCAUCUGGCGGCGCUCUCGCUCUGGUCCGACGCCCUCACGUGGGAGUCGGUCGCGCUGCUCCUCGCGCUCCUCCCGUCGCUGCGGCGCCUCUCUCUCGUGUCCGGCGCCUUGGUUCCACGCGCCUAUCCCCAGCCGGGGCGCACAGAGGCGAGUGCAGCAACAGCGCCGGAUACGUCAGCGAAUGCAGCCGCUGGGCCAGAAGCAGCGCGGUCGGAUGCUGCUCUAUCUCUCUUCGCCUCGCUCUCCCUUGCAUCCCCCAGUGCCAGCGACCCCUUCUGGUGCCCCUCAGGGUCGUCCCUGGCGCCCUCCCUCGCCUCCAUCCGCCUGUGCGUCUCCCCCCAUCGCUCCGUCGCCUGGGAUCAGCCUCCCGCCUCCUCCCUGCUGCUCGCCCUCGCUGCUGGCUGCUCCGCCACCCGCGCAGACAAGGAUACCAGCAGCAGCGGCGGCGGCGGCGGCGGCGGCGGUGGCGGUGGCGGCAGUGGAGGCGGCAGCAGCGGCAGCGGCGGCAGCAGUAGCAGCAGCGGCGGCAAUGACACCAGCCUCUCUGUCAAACGUCCAUCCUCCUCCUCUCUGCGCUCCUUCCACGCCCACAAUUCCCCCGCGUCCACGUGGCUGGCUGUGAGCCACCUGUUCCGCCACCUCACCACCCUAGAUCUGUCCCGAACCGAGGUGCUGCGUUCCCCACCCCCUCCCGAUGGCGAGCCGGGGAGGAGCGAGGAGGCGCUGUGCCGGGCCAUCCGCGGCCUGCCCCUCCUGGAGCGCCUCGCCCUCCCCCUGGCGUCAGACGCUGUUCUGCUGGAGAUCUCCCAGUCCUGCCCGAAGCUCACUGCCUUGCACGCGCAGCCGCUAGCUCGGUUCAUCCCUGUCGCUUCUGCUGAGGGAAGUGGCAGCAACGACUUUCUCUACUACACGUCCGCCUAUGCCAGGGCCUCCGUGCGUGUUGCCCUUCCUGCUGUCCACUGGCGAGUGACUGAUGCUGGGGUGCUGGCCAUUGCGAACGGAUGCACGCGAUUGGUGCAGCUGAGUCUGGGCGGCUGUGUGAACGUGCGACCCGCAGCGUGGCGCCAGCUGGCGAGGAGAUGUAGGCGGCUGGAGGUGCUGAGGCUGCCGCGCACACGGGUGGACGACGCUGUUGUCGUGGCGGCGCUGUUUGGCGACAGCUGGCACCGCGGUGUGAAAUUGGCUACGAAUGCUGCGGUUGGCAGUUCUGCUGCCACUCCUGCUGGGGCUGCUCUUGAUAUCCCACCUAGUUCUGACGCCACUGCUGGUGCUGGCAGUGCUUCAGGUGCGCCACUGCAGCUGCAGCUGCCACGGCUCCUUCUGCUGGACCUGUUCGGAUGCCCGGGGGUGACUUCUGCCCUCCUGCUCGCCCUCUCAGCAGCAGCCAGGGAGCUUGCUGGCAACGAUGAGAAGCACAGAGAUGAUGGGGUGGCUGAAGAGGUGGAGAGGGGUGGGGAGGGCGAGGAGGAGAAGGCACUUGCAGGCGAGGGUGUGGGGCAUGAGAACGGAAGGAAGAAGGUGCGAGGAUGCUGUGGGUUGCAGGAGUUCAGGCUGCGGCGGCUGCUGGUGUCUCCUGAAGUGAUUGUUGGAAAUGGGUGGAGAGGGAGCAAGGCAGGUGGAAGCGAGGGUGUGUUGGGGGGUGGUGGAGGCAAUAGUGGGAGAACGGGUUCUUCCGACUAUGUGGAUUUGAGGCUUGUUGCAAGGGAGGUGGGGAUGCUCUUGCCUCAGUUGGUGGUUACUGCUAGAAGGACUGCGGAACACGUUUUGCCUUGGGAUGGCUUCUUUGGAGAGCAAAGGCUUGAGCUGGAUGGUGACGAUGAUGAGAGUGAGUGA